AUGGGUCAACGCGUUUCCCGGACGGAUUUCGAGUGGGUGUACGAUGACCAACCGCACACCUGGCGAAGGCAGGAAAUGGUGAAAAAGUAUCCCCAGAUCAAGAAACUGUUCGGACCGGAUCCAAAGUUUAAGUAUAUCGUGUCCGCGAUGGUGCUGACGCAAAUCGUGAUGCUGUACGUGAUGCAGAACCAAUCGUGGCCCAUGAUCGUGCUGGUGGCCUACUGCUUCGGUGGUGUUAUCAAUCACUCGCUAAUGCUGGCAAACCACGAGAUAUCGCACAACAUGGCGUUCGGGUACGCACGUCCACUUGCCAACCGGUACUUUGGGAUGUGGUGCAAUCUGCCCAUCGGUGUGCCGAUGUCGGUUUCGUUUAAAAAGUAUCACAACCUGCACCAUCGCCACCUGGCGGACGACGAUCUCGAUCCGGAUGUGCCCACGCUGCUCGAAGCGAAACUGUUCUGUACCACCUUCGGCAAGUUCAUCUGGGUUUGCCUGCAGCCGUUCUUCUACGGACUUCGGCCCUUGUUCGUGAAUCCGUUACCGGUGACGAGGCUGGAAAUGAUCAACACCGCGGUACAGUUAACGUUUAACGCGCUGGUCGUGCUCGUGUUCGGAUGGCGUAUGAUGGCUUACUUGCUGAUCGGGUCGGUACUGGCCAUGGGGCUGCAUCCGGUCGCCGGACACUUUAUUGCCGAGCAUUACAUGUUUGCGAAAGGAUUUGAAACGUACUCGUACUAUGGACCGCUCAACUGGAUUACGUUUAACGUCGGGUACCACAACGAACAUCAUGAUUUUCCGGCCAUCCCAGGCAGCCGUUUGCCGGACCUAAAGAAGAUCGCACCUGAGUACUACGAAACGAUGCCGCAGCACACCUCCUGGGUGCGGGUACUGUACGAUUUUGUUACCGAUCCGGCGGUUGGGCCAUACGCUAGAAUCAAGCGCAAAAGCCUGGACAAACCGAAAACGACAGCCACCAAAUCGAUUGGCCUAAUCAAUGACUCAUGGCAACCUGAAGUAGAGCAGAAGAAAAGAUAA